AUGGCUACUCUAAGUUUCUUUGUUGGAGUUAUAGGCAACAUCAUCUCAGUGCUACUCUUUCUUUCUCCCUUAGGAACAUUUUGUCGAAUUGUUAAGCAUCGAACAACAGAGGAGUUUGAGAGCUUUCCUUACAUUUGCACAUUACUGAAUUCAUCAUUAUGGACUUACUAUGGAGUUACAAAGCCUGGAAGCCUGCUUGUGGCUACUGUCAACAGUUUUGGUGUUGUUGUGGAGAUUGUUUUCAUUUCCUUGUUCCUUGUAUUUGCACCUCCAAGGAUUAGGGCGAAGACUGCAACAUUAGUUGCGGUUUUGAAUGUGGGAUUCCUCGCAGGAGUGAUGUUGAUUACUGGUUUUUUGUUGCACGGAGAUACAAAGAUCGAUGUCAUAGGAUUCUUGGCAGCAGGCUUGAAUAUAGUUAUGUACGCUUCACCUCUGGCAGCCAUGAAAAGGGUGGUGUCAACGAAAAGCGUGGAGUACAUGCCUUUCCUUCUCUCCUUUUUCGUUUUCUUGAAUGGAGGGAUUUGGACCUUCUAUGCCGUCCUUGUGAAGGAUGUCUUUCUCGGAGUAUCAAAUGGGGCUGGAUUUAUUCUGGGAACAGCCCAACUGGUUUUAUAUGCAAUAUACAUGAGGAACCCCAAGUCAUCAUCCAAGAAAAUGCCUGAGGAUUCGGAGGAUCAUGAGUCCCAGCACGAACACCUUCUUCCCUCUAGCAGUACUUGUGUGCAGGAAAAUAUUACCAUAUGAAAGAAAAAGAAACAUUUAGGUUUCAAUUUUUGUGCUUAAAUUCUCAUAAACCAUAACAAGGUAUUUCACAAAGGCCUUCAGUCUUUACAUAAAUAAAUU